CCCUCCUCCUUCAAUGUCUUGCUCUUGGCGGCGCAGUCCUCCAGCAGGACCUCGCGGCGUCGUUUGACGGCCUGCUGCCAGUCCACGCUUCUACCUCCGUCACCGUUGCGUUUCGUGGCCCCCGCCGCCGGUACGCCGGAUUCCUCGAACUGUAGAGCCGCUGACUUGGACACCUUCUCGCCUGCUUUCCUCUUCCAGCCGAAGGAUGCCAUAUUAUUAUGCGUCUAGAAAGAGAGGGCGCUUCUGCUCGGUGGUCACUCUACCCAAGCCUAAAAACGCAGAGCAGCGUUUGACUGCGUUUUCACGACGCCUCGCUGAUGUUCUCGAACAAGGAAGAAGCCAAAACAAGCGGACAAGAUGGCGGAGCCGGCAGUUCGCAUCCCCGGGAUAGUUUUCGCUUCUUUCUUGUUUCAACACGCCAACAGAGACUCGGACGUGGAAGGUUUGCUGUUGGGGGAAAUGCACAUGGAACAACACGUGACCAUCAGCGACACGCAGGAGGACAACGUUCGCCUCACACAAACUUACAGCGUCCACAAACACGUCAGCUGCAGACAACUCAACACCUGGUACGACGCAGCGGGCAGAGUGGACAUAGCGGCAGUUCGCCGGCUCCUGGGCGCUAACCCUCUCGAGCGUGUGAUCGGCUGGUACCGCCAGCGCCGGAACUCGGAGCAGCGAAUGAGCAUGCGCGAGACGGCGGUUCACCGGAGCCUGAAGGCGGCGCUAUGCAGGCCACUCGCCGUCUUCCUGUUAGUGACGCCCGGCACCGCGGCGGAGGCGGGAUCAACCCACCGCACCGAGUAUUCGGCCUUCUUGUCCGGCGACAGGCAGGUCCCCGUUGUGCUCACCAACAUGGCGUCUUUGGACCAUCAGGCCUACUGGACGGCGCCUGCGGCAUCUUCAGCGCUCGGUUACCAGCGUGCCGUCGCCCGACACAGUUCCAAGUUGCUGGACCCCAGCGGCCAGUUGGCAGACGUGGAGGCCAUCAACAACAUGAAUGCCGAGCUGCAGAAUGAGCUUCAGACAGCAUGUGGCGCCUUGGUGGAUAGCGAGCGCACCGUGCAGAAGAUGCUCGUCGAUGUUUCCGUCCUCAAAAGGAAGCUCAGUGAUAAGAAAUCGGCAAUUGUCAGCAAAGAGGGCCCUCCUGUGCCCAAAAGGAACUACUGCCUCCAGCUGGCAGUCCGAGCGCUCUUCACCCACUCGCCGAUCUUUGCCACGAACACGCUGACGCUGGACGCCCGCCCCGUGGCCCAUGUGAAGCUCCGCCCCCCGCCGAGAAAAUGACAAACCAGUUCCGACAGACAUUUAUUGUCCAAUAACAGAAAAGAGGAGGCGGGGCUAAUCCACAUGUUUGAUGCCGCAGAUGUUGGGGUCACGCAUGAACUCGGGAUGUUUGUGGGUCACCGACAUGAAACCUAAACACACACGAAAUCAUUUUCAGCCCAAAUAUUUCCUAUUUAUAUUUCAAUUUUGUCCAUUUGUGUGGACAAUAAAGACCAACAUUUGACCGAUUUACAAAACUUUUUCCUUCUGUGUUAACACAUUCGCCACCAUUGACAGUGACAGAUGUCAAAAUGUAUAAAAACUUGGCUAAAUAAUGUACUGUUUUUUAAUUUACUUUUUUUUUUAUUUAAAAAAAAAAAAAGGGAAAUGGCAGCCAAUGAGUUCAAUGAUUGCCUUCUAAAGGGUUGUCAUUGUCUUGUAAUGUUUAAAAAGUUUACUGACAAGUAAGUGAUAAAUUUCCUGUACCUCGAUUUUCAUAUAUAAAUUUCUAUUUGUUUUGGUAAUUAGUGAUUCAUUUUCAUGAUCUGUUCAAAGCGGAGGGGGUGAAUGAACCUACCCAUGGAGUGUGCCUUCUUGAUGGCUUUAGAGAUUUCUUUCUGUUUGCGUCCACACAAGCCUGAAAUGAACAGAAGGUACAAAAGUUCCAUUGCCAUGUGCUACAACAGGCUGAAGGCUGCUCUUCACUGGCUAACCUACAGGUAACACACACAAAUAAGUCCAUGUGCUGUGCGUGCAUGCACUUUAGUGGUAAAUUCCUAAGCUACACAAGUCUUCCCUUUACUGAUUAACUCGAGUAAUUCGCUUAGAAAAGAUUCAAAGUAAAUUUUGCUCCUUCGAGUAUUUGUUUAAAAAGUGGCGUAACGGUUUGUUUUGAAAGUGUUUGCAUUUAGUUUGAUUUGGGUGGAUACACUUCCCUCUAGUGGCAACAGUGAAUAUGACAACUCAUUUCACAUGGCUGAAUCCAGCUGCUCCCUGUUAAGAUCAACAUAAGUUUUUAUUUGAGCUAAUGUAAUUUAGUACAUAAGUAUAUUUAGCAGUUUUUUGUGGGAAUAUUUGUUUGAACCAUUUGUUAAGACCACUGUUAAAAAUAAAAAAGCAUUGGGAACACUUUAUAAUAAC